UAUUGAGUAUUGAUUUAGAAAAACUUAUUACAAAAUUAGUACUCCCUACUAUUGAGAAUUUGUGAUACUAUGUGCCUCACUGCCUCCGCUCCGGGCGGCCUUGGGAAAGGACUAUGUGCUUUCUAUAACCCUCUCUAGUCUCCAUCUACAGCCACUGCAAUUUUACCCUCCGGCUACGCGCCAUGGCGGCAACUGAAACCCUAGAUUCCUCUGCCCAAGCACCUCACACCUCUGAAGACGCUGCUAUGGACAACGAAGACCAAACCAUGAACGAUGUCCCUAACUCGAAUUACAGUUCAGAUUCCGACUCUGAAGACGAUGACGAAGCGAAACUGAACCUCGAAACGCAAGCUCUUCAAACUGAGCUCUCCAACAACCCGUCUAAUUACGAUGCCCAUGCCCAAUAUAUUAGAGCUCUUAGGAAGCAGGGAGACAUUGAAAAGCUAAGGCUAGCUAGGGAAGCUAUGAGUGCCAUAUUUCCACUGAGUCCUGGCAUGUGGCAGGAAUGGAUUAAAGACGAGUUGUCCCUUAGCUCCGGAUCUGAGGCUUUCUCUGAUAUUCAAAAAUUAUAUGAACGUGGAGUGUCUGAUUAUCUGUCUGUGGCUUUAUGGUGUGACUACUUGGAUUAUGUUCAAGAGCAUGAUCCAUUGGUUAGAUCAUGCUCCAUAGAUGGUAUAUCAAAAGCAAGGAAUCUCUUUGAACGUGCUCUUACAGCUGCUGGUUUGCAUGUCACUGAAGGUGGCAGGAUAUGGGAAUUAUAUAGGGAGUUUGAACAAGCCAUUCUUUUCACAAUUGAUGAAACUGACCUUGAGGUGAAGGAGAAGCAGAUCCAACGAGUUCGAAACUUGUUCCAUCGACAACUGUCUGUUCCCCUUGGGGACAUGAGAAAGACUCUCCUUGCAUACAAAGAUUGGGAAGUAGAGCACGGCGGUAUUGUUGAUGUCAACUCCAAUGACCUGGACGGACUUUCUUCACACGUGGCAUCAGUAUACAAAAAAGCUCUAGAGAUAUUGAAUGCUCGACUUGAAUUUGAGGCUCAAAUAUCCAAUAAGGAUGCCAAUGAGGCAGAAAGACUUCAACAAUUCAUGUCUUAUUUAAAAUUUGAGCAAUCAUCCGGGGACCUGGCUAGGACACAAAUAUUGUAUGAGCGUGCCGUAUGUGACUUUCCCAUUUCUUGUGAUAUCUGGCUCGACUAUACUCUCUACAUGGGCAAAACCUUGAAGACUGCCAGGAUUGUGAGAGACAUUCAUCAUAGGGCUACACGGAACUGUCCUUGGUCUGGAGACUUGUGGUCUCGCUAUCUGUUAUGUCUUGAACGGAGUCGUGCUUCUGAGGAUGAACUAUCCACUGUUUUUGAGAAGUCACUUCAAUGUACCUUCCUAAGCAUAGAAGAGUAUCUUGAAGUUUUUCUCACAAGAGUUGAUAGCUUAAGGCGGAGACUGUCUUCGUCAGAUGGAGUUGGCACUGACUUGAAUUAUGCAAUGAUACGGGCCACUUUUCAGCGUGCAUCAGACUAUUUAUCUCCACAUCUGAAGAAUACUGAAAAGUUAAUACAAAUGUAUAGUUAUUGGGCCCAUUUAGAGGCGAACCUGGGAAAAGAUUUAAUUGCUGCUGCUGGUGUUUGGGAAAGCUUACUUAAAUUCUGUGGAUCUAUGCUAGAUGCUUGGCACGGAUAUAUAUCCAUGGAAAUUGAGGUGGGUGACAUAAGCAAAGCCAGAUCCUUGUACAAGAGAUGUUAUAGCAAAAAAUUCCCUGGCACAGGCUCAGAGGACAUAUGCCAUUCUUGGAUGCGCUUUGAGAGAGAAUAUGGUUCCCUUGAAGACCUUGAUCUUGCCGUGCAAAAGGUUACCCCUCGCCUAGAAGAGCUACAGCUUUUUAGGCUGCAACAGGAGAGCAAAAAUGCACAGAGAGAGACUGUUGUUGCUCAGAAGGGAACUCAUGAAAAGAGAAAAGCACUCCCAGAUGGAGAUGAAAAGCCUGCAGCAAAACGUCGCAAGGAGAAGGCAAAGAAUUCCAACACAACAGAGGAAAAGGAAAAUACUCAAAAUACAAACCUGGUUGGUGCAACUAAGAUGGACGUGGUAGUGGAAGAAACACAACCUGCAAAUGCAAGCAAGAAAGACAAAGAAGACAUUUCCUCUGGAAAGCCAAAACAUUACACGGACCAGUGCACUGCAUUUAUAUCUAACCUUAGCCCCAAGGCGAAAUAUGAAGAUCUACAGAAGUUCUUCAGUGACGUUGGAGGAGUUGUUGCCAUACGAAUAUUAACAGACAAAUUCACUGGAAAAUCAAGAGGACUGGCCUAUGUGGAUUUUUGUGAUGAUGAACACCUUGCCGCAGCUCUGGCAAAGAACAAGCAUACACUGCAUGGGAAGAGUCUUAGCAUUCUGAAGUCAGAUCCUCAGCAGAAGAGAGGGAAACGACUGCCACCAAAACAUGGUGCUUCUGGCAGUAAAGACUCAAAGGCAGAUUCCAAGGAUGGCAGUGAAGCUCCAAAACAGAGUCAAGGGCCUAAAAGAAAUCCCUCGGUCCAUACUGAGGGAGACAAUAUCCAGCUGAAGGGUAAAAACGUCUUUGCAAUGCCGAGAGCCGUUCUGAAAAGUAAACCGAAACAGGAGCAGGUAACUGAGGGAGGAGACGAAGAGAACCCUAAAUCAAACGAUGAGUUCCGCAAAAUGCUCCUGAAAUCUUGAAAUCCCCAAAAUGCCCCCUGAAUGCUACUGGUACCAAGGAAGGUGGGGGGCUGAUUGAUAGAGCAUGGUUUUUAUGCUGAUCAUCUGAGCUUUUGUUUUACUAAACAUUCACUUGUUUGACUGCAUAUUUCGUCUCUAAUUAAAUUUAGUUGUAUGUUCAAAUCGCAUUAUGUGAGCUCUUGUUUUGUUCGCCUUAAUUAUACUACAUCAGUUCCAAAAUAAUAAAAAAGAAAGUUCGGUUUACGAU